CUUGUUCUCCCAUUUUGUAAAUUCACGGAUGCUGAACUUGUGGUACCCAAACGCCUGAAACUCAUCCGCCGUGCUCCCGCUGCUUCAACUUGUCCAAGCCGACACUCGCACACCAGCACUCAUGGCAGACGCGGCUGUCUCGUUUGCAAAGGACUUCCUGGCAGGAGGAGUUGCAGCGGCUAUUUCUAAAACUGCAGUGGCUCCAAUUGAGCGAGUGAAACUGCUUCUCCAGGUCCAGCAUGCCAGCAAACAGAUCACCGCUGACAAGCAGUACAAGGGCAUCGUGGACUGCAUUGUGCGCAUCCCCAAAGAGCAAGGCUUCGCCUCAUUUUGGCGUGGAAAUCUGGCCAAUGUCAUCCGCUACUUCCCCACCCAGGCUCUCAACUUUGCUUUCAAGGACAAGUACAAGCAGAUCUUCUUAGGAGGAGUGGACAAGCACACCCAGUUCUGGCGCUACUUUGCGGGGAACCUGGCUUCUGGUGGCGCUGCUGGAGCUACCUCCCUGUGCUUUGUCUACCCUCUGGAUUUCGCCCGUACCCGUUUGGCGGCCGAUGUUGGCAAAGCAGGGGCCACCAGGGAGUUUACGGGGCUGGCAGACUGCCUGAGGAAGAUUUCCAGGUCAGAUGGGAUAAGAGGCCUGUACCAGGGCUUCAGUGUUUCUGUGCAGGGGAUCAUCAUCUACAGGGCUGCCUAUUUUGGCAUCUAUGAUACAGCCAAAGGCAUGCUUCCUGAUCCCAAAAACACUCACAUUGUCGUCAGCUGGAUGAUUGCCCAGUCAGUGACAGCAGUGGCUGGUGUGGUCUCCUACCCCUUUGACACCGUGAGGCGUCGCAUGAUGAUGCAGUCUGGACGCAAAGGAGGGGACAUCAUGUACACUUCAACCGUAGACUGCUGGACCAAGAUUGCUCGUGAUGAAGGAGGCAAGGCCUUCUUCAAGGGUGCCCUGUCAAACGUGCUUCGCGGCAUGGGUGGAGCUUUUGUUUUGGUCUUAUAUGAUGAGUUUAAGAAGUAUGUCUAAGUUGAACCUCACCAUCCCGCCCCAAAAAAUGGCAGGAACUUUGACUAAAUAGACUAUGUGUUACCGCUGGUGUUAUUUAAGCUUUAACCGCUUCCCUGUCCCUCUCAAAGCAGUUUCCGUCCGGGAUAGUGAAGUCACAGGGUAGUGAAAAGACGAUAAACGCAGACAAAUCCAUCAAACCAUUGACUGUUUAAACACAAUGUAUAUAUUGCGAAUGGGAUUUGCCUGAAUUCAGGAGGGGAUCACAAAAAACACGCACACAAUGUAUAUUACUGUUCCCUUUUGCCACUAUACCAUGUCCUUUUUUUGUACAGAGUGAUUAAACUAUAGUUUAUUUUCCUCAGACCUCAGUCACUCCCAAGUAAAAUGGUAAAGACAGUAGUUUCCUUGUCACUGUAUGGCUUAGUUGUAGCUCACCUCACUUCACCUAAGUGAUAUGUGAUAUUCCGGGAACGUUCCUCAAAUAUUUACUCUGCAGUUCAAAGAAAUAUGUAGUGAUCUGAUUUCUUGCAAUGUCUGAAAACCUCCUCAAGAUGGCAUCACUAAAUAACAGGUCUCCCCAGAUAAUGUGGGGAGGCACGGCACAGUUCCCUGUUUUGUUACACAAUCCACUGGUUUCCAAUGACAGCUAGAUGGGGCUGCUGUAAACCUAUGACAAUAAAAUGACUGGAGGUUAUCUGAAUUAAGGUUUAUGUUGCCAAGUAGGGGAUUGAAUUUGUGUUAAAUUCAUACGGCUGGGUUACAUAGUCUCUUAAUACAUGGAAGUGUAUGACAGCAGCCCUUAAUUCCUUACAGAUAUACCUCUCGUCAGUCAGCUUUGAGGCAUUUGGUGAAAACAGCCAAACAGCUGAUGGAGAUCUGGGAAUAUCUGGGGCCAGAAUAAACAGCUCUUAUUCUUUGUGACACUGAAAGUGUAUCUGCAUUACUCUUCAUUUUGGAUCCCUCUCUAAGUAUUUUCCUAGAAGGGUAAUAAGGGUGGUCAUAUUAUUCAUGGCUAUUUUCUUGUCAGUCUGGGCUCCAGCUCUUUGUGACAUCUAGCUGAUUUCCAUUACUCAGACACUGGUUCUUACAAUGGGGAGAGACAGAGGGAGGGUGGGUUGAAGUUCAAAUAUGGCACUGUGUGUGUAGCACAUAAGGUUUGAUGUAAUGUGAGCACACAUGCUGAAUGCAUUGAGAGGCCAUAUAUGUGCAAUAUUUUGGCCCCACACUGACUGAAAAGUGAGAAUGCCUGUAUUGAUUCAAUAAAACUCAAUACCUCAUAUA